AUGGCACAACCAGCGGUGGUCGCUGCCGAAGAUCCCGAGCACAGCAACGAGUAUGGCGACGAAGGAUUUGAAAGCGACGUGCCCAGAAGCCGCCCCAGCAGGGAUGACCGAGAAAGUUCUGAGAAACGCGUAGAGGAAUCCGCUGUCUUGGGCUUAGACACUGGCCUGGAUGACGCUGAUUUGCAGAUCUCGGCCAGUAGCAGUGACGCUGGGACUGCUGGUAAGACUUCGGCACCCCUCGCACGGCAGACGGGCUCCGAACUGGCUCAAGGAGAGCAAGAGCUGAACAAGACCCAAACCCAACGCCUUGUCGACGGGGAAAAUGGGAUCGACGAGGAGGGAAAAGGGGUAGCGUUCGGAAAUGCACAAGAGAGUAGGACGGAAGGCAUUGACAACCGAGAAGGAAGUGAAACCGGUUUGAAGGAGCGGGAUUUGCCGUUCCGAGUCCCAACAGAUAGCGAUGGCGACGAUGACGACGGCGCUCGCGAGUACCCAAGCCUCGACAUGAAUUUGGAUAACGCAGUUUUUUCUCUAGACGACGACAGAGACCCUUCGCCAGAGAAGUUUCUCGGCCGAACGGGUAGCGUAGAAUUUAGCAGCAACGACUUGUUUUCACCACAACCCUUCGGAGCACCCGAGAAAGAAGAGCUCCAUGUUGGUGAUGAGGUUCAGCUGGAGCAGGAGUUGCCGCACAAGCCCCACGGUGAUCGGUGCAAGACCAGGGGGAGGAAAAAGGAAAGCGAUAUCCGAGGGGCAAGAUCGCGAACUUUCAAACCGAGAUAUCGAAGCCAGGAAAACGAUGGACGAACAAGGCUGCGAGCAAGCAGCCAAAGCCGUGCGGACGCCGGGGGGGCGGCGAGCAUACGGCGGCAGCGACAGGAGCGCUUGAUUCAGCAGCUCACGCGUGACAACGGGGUGUUGCAGCGCAAAGUAGCGGGCUACCAGCUUGCGUUGCAGCUAUCCGCCGAUGAGGACGACUUCUCCACGAGCCCGUCCUUCUCUACCGCCAUGCAGCUGCAGCAAGCCGCACCACCGGCCUUCCCGCGCGGUGGGGGUACGCCCGCGCCAUCCCCCCGCGUCGCCAGGGGCUGGACGCACCAAAAUCCACCGCCGCCUGGCCGCAUCUCUCCUGUCGAGCGCAACCUCUCGUACACUACCCUGGUGCGGCAGCUUGACAUGGGUGGGAGGCGAGCGAGGACGCUGAAGCGGGAGAACGAGGCUCUUGGGGCGAGGGUGAAUGAGCUCGAGAGCGGGGCGGUCCUCAGAGCGACGCAGUCGAGGCUCUCAGAGCGGGACGAAGAAAUAGUGGCACUCCGAGAGGAACUGUCCGUUAUGAACCGACUUGCUCGAGCUCAAGACCGCAAGUUCGAGGGAUGCCACGGGUACGCCCUCGCUCGUCGACUGUGGCUAACAGAGGAGGAGCUACGGACAGCUCGCUCAACUAUAUCUACACUGGGAGCCGAGGCAAAGGGAGAGCUCGAAGCGGCACGAGUGGAAAUCGAUGGGCUUAAGGAAGACAAGGCCGUCCUAACCCAGGCACUCGAAACGAAGGCGAGGGAGAUUCGGAUGCAACUGCUACAGGUCAAUCGCCUGAAGCGAGAGAUCCAACAUCUCUCCGCCGGGGCGAUUAAGCUCGAAGAGGCGAGUUGCGUGGUCGCAGCAGCCAGUCUUCCGUUGAGAGCGCGAGGAAUUUCUUCUGCAGCCGCCGGGGCCGGUGGAACGUCAGCAUCGGCCGUGACGAAGUUGCACGAAGGCCGAGCGAAGUCCGCUGUCUACAGCAGGCCCGGUGCUGGUGGUGGUGGAGCUUCGAUGAAUUUGUUGGACCGUUCCCAGCCUCCUCCUCGCUCGGAUCGUCGGUUGAGGAGCGAGCGGGAGCCCUGGGGUGCCCGGGCCCGUCUUUCGGGCCAGUUCUCACCCAUGGGGUGGGAUCGAGACUGGGGAGGCGAAGGGGCUGUUACCGCACCUACCGCCGGCACUGGAACGCCCGACGCGGCGGGUGAAGCAACAGCCACUGGAGCACCACCAGCUGCAGCAGCCGUGGCUGGGGAAGUUGUGAGUGGGGCGUUCGGACGAGCCUUGUCAGGAUUGCAAGCUGAUGAAGCGGCGAAGAGCGCCGACAGGGGCGAUGGAGGUGUGGGUGUGAAGCUGGAUUCAAUAGAAGGAAAACAGGAAGAAGUCGUGGCCAAACCGGAGAAGGUCGAGGAUAUUGCGGCGGUGGCGGCGGCGGCGGCCGCAGGGGGCGAGGCAACACAUCUCCACCCUUGUCCAUUGGCGGGGCUGAUGGACAUGUCAGAACUUCCGCUGCGCAGCCAUCGGCGGAGCUACUACAAUGAGGAUGACGGGAAGAGACAACACCUCGGGUUGGGACCCUACUGGGGAGGGAGCGACUGGUGA